AUGGCGGCAGCGAAGUAUGCACUAGAAAAGCAGGUAGCGAUUGCAGCUGUGUCCCGUGCAUGUGGUCUUACUACAUCAGUAUUCCAAAAACUGGUUACUGCCGAGACGCUUAUCAAAGGCGACAAGUCGCCCGUGACUGUUGGUGACAUUGGAGCCCAGGCGGUCGUUAAUACAAUACUUUCGAAGGCAUUUCCCGAUGACCCAAUUGUAGGCGAAGAGGACGCGGGCGAUCUGCGGGAUAAUACAGACAAGGCUCGGUCAUUAAGGGAAAGGGUAAUACAGUUGGCAAACGGCACUCUUAGCCCGCCUCCAACUCUAGAAGAGCUGAAAACAGGUCAAAAUGUUGGCGACUGGGGACUAGGUGCUCCCCGAACCGAAGCUGAACUACUAGAUGCAAUUGAUAGGGGGACACAUGCAGGAGGCGAGAAAGGCCGGAUGUGGACGCUUGAUCCAAUCGACGGUACCAAAGGCUUCCUGAGAGGAGGGCAAUACGCAGUUUGUCUCGCAUUUAUUGUGGACAGCGUUGUUCAACUGGGCGUCAUGGGAUGUCCGAAUCUACCUGCCACCCAUGGAGAUGGUCAAGGAGAGAAGGGAUGCCUGUUUGUUGCAGUUAGAGGCCAAGGCGCCGAGCAGCGACCUCUAUCAACGCCAUUUUCCAAAUCUUACAAGAUAUCCAUCCCUAUCUUGGACCAAACUUCGUCUCCUCACCUUCUAGAAUCGGUUGAAGCUGCGCAUAGUUCGCAUAGUUUUUCCGCUAGAGUCUCGUCUGCGCUCGGUAUCACGGCCCCACCAGUCCGUAUGGAUAGUCAAGCGAAGUACUGCGAAUUGGCACGUUCCGGAGGGAUAUAUUUGAGAAUGCCAGUUGGAACUGGAUACGUUGAGAAAAUAUGGGAUCAUGCGCCUGGCUCCCUGCUAAUCGAAGAAGCUGGGGGAACAAUCACUGAUUCUCUCGGGCAGCCACUCCAUUUUGGAUCAGGUCGCACUCUAGGCGAAAACAAUGGGAUUGUAGCCGCUGGCAAAGAACUGCACCCAAAAGUCAUUGAAGCCAUUCGAAAACUCCGAGAAGAACGAAAAUAG